AUGCGCGGCAUCGCUGCUCUCGCAGACUGCUCGUUCGCGGAGUCCCUCUCCAACUUCGCGCUCUCCGGCGAUGCGCUCAGUGCGACCUACAAGGCCUGUCCCGCCGUCACCCUCACCAGCGACGCCGCGCUGCUGGCGGGCGGAGCGCUCAACCCCUCCGCCAUCGUCCUCACCGACCGCGCCUCCUCCACCGGCAGCGGCUGCGCGCCGCUGGCGUUUUCGGCGUCGUUCGCGUUCGCGGUAGCGUCCGCGAAGAACGGCGCGUCGAAGGCGGGGCAAGGGGUGACGUUCUUCGUGACGGCGAACGCGGCGUGGGAGGCGGGCAGCGACAGUGGGUUCCUCGGGUGGGGCGAGACGGGCGACUCGCCGAGCUUCGCGGUGGAGUUCGACACAUUUAAGGACACUUGGGACAAGGCCGCGCCGCACAUCGGAUUCAACCUAAACGCGUCCGUCAAAUCAGUGACCGCCAGCAAGACAGCCAUCCCCGCGCUCAAAGACGCGAAAAUCAAAUACGUCUGGAUCGACUACACCCCCGCCACGAAGCAACUCUCCGUCUUCCUCAGCACUGCCAAGAGUCGCCCCGCUAAGAACACCUUCAUUACAAGCUUCGACCCGUGUGCGCUUUUUCCAGCGCCGGCUAACAAUUCUGACGGCGACACGCCGCUGUACAUCGGGUUCAGCGCGAGCACGGGCGCAAAGUACUACUCCGCGCACACGCUCCUCGGCUUCGACGUCACCGCCAGCGCUGCCCCCGCGCAGACCUCGAGUGGAGGAGGAGAGGGGGGAAGCGGAGAGGGCGGGGACGGGGAAGCUGGGUCCGGUGAUCCUAAUGGCGGCGGCGUUGGCGGUAGUGGCGGGAAUGUCACUUCUCCCGGUGGUGAAGGAGGGGGAGCGGGUCAGACCUCUGGCGAUCCGACCGACCCGCCGAACUACUUCCCCACGCGCAUCGGAGAUCGCUCGCUGGGAGGGCUGCCCAUCCCGCGCAACGUCUCGCGGCCGAAGCAGAAUCGGUGGUUCCACUACGCGUCCGUGUCGCUGCGCAUAGAGAGCAGCAACAACACGGCCAAGUGGGCGCUGCGGGAACACAGCAACGUCGACUGGCGCGCCAACCUGUCGGCUGUCGUGGAUCAAGACUCGCCCAGCCUCUGCAGUUCAUGCUGGGCGUUCGCAGCAGCGUCGGCGAUCGACGGCGCGUUGCUGGGUUAUCGCAUCCAGCCGCCGAACCGCGUGUCGGUGCAGCAGCUGCUGACGUGUGGCACGGACGACUGCGACGGCGGGUUCACGACGGACGCGUUUGAAUACGCCAUCGCGAAUCCGCUUGUGUCCGCUGCGGUGUAUCCCUACAUGGCAAAUGACAGCACAAUAUGUAACAAGACCAUUAUCCAGACAAACCCAGGGGUGGCGAACGUGAGGUUCUACGAGCGGGCGAGUCUGCUGGGGCCCAUUGGGCUCAUGUUGGCGCUGCAGUUCCAACCCGUGGUCGUGCACGUGGAGGCUGACCAGGACUGCUUCCUCAACUACAAUGGGACGAACAUCCUGACGGAUAAGACGUGUUUUGCCAACCGCAUGGUGAACCAUGUGGUGGUGCUGGUGGGGUAUCACCUGGAGGAGCAAGGGCAGCCGGGGAGCUACUUCAUUCUGCGCAACAGCUGGGGCACCACGUGGGGCGACAACGGCCACAUGCGCAUCGGCUUUGACCGCUCUCCCUUUGGCUACUGCGGCAUGUGGAGCGAACCGGGUUACUACCCCAUGCUGCCUGCCGUCCCCGGCAAGUGGUGUCUGGGCUUCCCCUGUGGCGCAGGCAAGUGCUCGGACCCGCCGCUGCCGCCCAAGCCGGGGGAGAAGCCGAAGCAAUUCUACUCGUGCGACUGCACGGUGGAGCCCUUCCUCAUCCCCGCUGUCAACGUGGACGGCACCGACACGUGCAUUGUCAAGACGGUGUGCAUGCUGCUGAUGCACAACCCCUGUGGCGCCGGCACAUGUGUGGACGAUGGUGUGGGCGGCUACAACUGCACGUGCCCAGCCAACUACACCUCCACUGCUCGCCCUGACGGCUCUGCUACCUGCAUUCCGCCACCCAUUGCGGCCACCACAUACACCAUCCAGGCGGGCGACACGUGCGACACCAUCUGUGCUGCCAACAACAUCACCACCACUGACUUCCAAUCCAUGAAUGCGGCCAUUGACUGCAGCAGCAACCUGACAGCUGGGGUGACUGUGAACGUCACGUCAGCAUCAGCCGUCAAGAUGUGCAUCAACUACUACACCACGCAGCCGAACGACACGUGUGCAUCGAUAGCAACCAAGUUCAACCUCACCAGUCUCACCUCCCUCAAUCCCACCCUCGACUGCAGCAACAUCACCGCCAACCAAGUGUGCGUGGAGAUGGGCCAAGCCCUCCCACCAGCCUCCGUGUCAACAGUGUGCACGGAGUAUUACACGCUCAGCGCCACCGACACGUGUGCGAGCGUGCAGAGCACAUACGGCCUCACGGCCACGGAGCUGUACCGGCUGAACCCUGGGCUCAACUGCAACAACCUCAUCGACUAUUCCGAUUCGUCGCUCUGUGUGGCGCAAGCCAAGUUCGGCGCCUCAUCAUGCAGCAAGCGCUACACAGUCAAGUCGGGCGACACGUGUGCGGCCAUCAUAUACAAGUACUUCCGCGGGAAGACCUCGUACGUCAGCAAGCUCAACAGUGGCUUCGUCUGCACCUCCUCCACCCUUUACGUCGGCCUCUCGCUCUGCGUCUACAACCUCUGA